ACACAAAGCCACGAAAGCUGGGUCCACAGCCUAAAUUUGAGGGGAAAUAGUGUUAGAGCUCAGGGAUGUCCAACCUGUGACAGUCAGUCCAAGUAUUAACUACAACAUCUCUCCCUGUGAUUUUAGGAGCUGCAUUUGAAGGAGAUGAGGAGGGUGGCAAGUUGUGCCUCUUUGCACUGUUCAGUCAACUACAACGAGCCCUACCUAAUACAGUAGGACCAACAAUGGCCAAUAGCCUACCCUAAACCGACCCUGAUAUUAAAUUUAAAUCAGCGUAUGUAUACAACAAAAUACACUUGCUUUCCACAUAGCCCGAAUAAUUUGAACACGAAUCCGACAAAAUAGCAACCUUUGCCCACAACAUACAUGGCCGCCAGCCCUUCGUGGUCCCGCCCGCUAACCCACGGCGCCCCAGCGCGCCUGUGCGUACUUUUUAUUUGAAGAUGGCGGCAGCGGCUAAAGAUGCAGGAGCUGGACCUGAAUCCGGGAGCAGCCCUGGAGGGUCCGGCGGUAACGAGAGCGGAGACACCAUUCAGCUGACAGCAGGCUCUUUGGACCCAGAAUCUUCCAACGAAAAGGAGACCUUGGAUGCAGCAGGAGAGGGCGACGCAAUGGACACCCAGACUGGCUCCGUGGAUGAAGAGAAUGGCCGACAACUUGGGGACAUUGAGCUACAGUGUAGCAUCUGCAUGAAGUGGUUUGGGACUGAUACAUUUGGCAUUGACACCACGUUGUGUCUGCCUUUCAUGACGAACUAUAGCUUUCACUGCAACAUGUGCCAUCAUAGUGGAAAUACCUACUUUCUCAGAAAACAAGCAAACCUAAAGGAAAUGUGUCUUACUGCUCUAGCAAACUUAACCUGGCAGUCUCGAAACCAAGAUGAGCACCCUAAGACUAUGUUCUCAAAAGACAAGGAUAUUAUUCCAUUCAUUGACAAGUACUGGGAGAGCCUGACCACAAGGCAGAGACCGGGAAAAAUGACUUGGCCCAAUAGUAUUGUGAAAACCAUGACAAAGGAAAGGGACGUGUUUCUGGUAAAGGAGCACCCAGAUCCAGGCAGUAAAGAUCCAGAGGAAGAUUAUCCAAGGUUUGGCCUACUUGACCAGGACCUAGGUAAUGUCGGGCCAGCUUAUGAUAACCUCAGACAAAGCAACACUGUCUCUAUUGGAGGAAGCCUAAAUGGCUCUGCAGCUGCUAACAGCUCUGCUAAAGGGAGAGGAGCUAAACGUAAGCAGCAAGAUGGGGGAUCCACCAGCACUGCCAAAAGAACACGAAGUGAUCCACUGUUUUCAGCCCAGCGCCUUCCCCCACAUGGCUAUCCUCUGGAGCACCCCUUCAACAAAGAUGGUUACAGAUACAUUCUAGCAGAGCCCGACCCUCAUGCUCCUGACCCAGAGAAGCUGGAGCUGGACUGCUGGGCAGGGAAGCCCAUCCCUGGGGAUCUAUACAGAGCCUGCCUCUACGAAAGGGUACUGCUUGCUCUGCAUGACCGUGCUCCCCAGUUAAAGAUCUCUGAUGACCGACUGACUGUGUUGGGAGAGAAGGGAUAUUCCAUGGUGAGGGCAUCUCAUGGUGUGCGUAAAGGAGCCUGGUACUUUGAGAUCUUUGUUGAUGAAAUGCCUUCAGAGACCGCAGCGAGGCUUGGCUGGUCUCAAGCCCUAGGGAAUCUCCAGGCUCCACUUGGUUAUGAUAAGUUCAGCUACUCUUGGCGAAGCAAGAAAGGGACUAGGUUCCACCAGUCCAUUGGAAAGCACUAUUCUGAGUCCUACGGACAGGGGGAUACCUUGGGGUUCUAUAUUAACCUCCCAGAUCUUACAGAGAUUGCACAGGCUUUGCCUGACACUUACAAAGACAAGGCAUUGAUCAAAUUUAAAAGUUACUUGUAUUUUGAAGAGAAGGAUUUUGUGGACAAAGCUGAGAAGAGCUUAAAACAAGCUCCUGGGAGUGAGAUUGUGUUCUACAAAAAUGGUGUGAACCAAGGCGUGGCCUAUAAAGAUCUGUUUGAAGGAGUGUAUUACCCUGCAAUAUCCCUGUAUAGAGGCUGCACCGUGUCCAUCAAUUUUGGACCACAUUUCAAGUACCCACCAAAAGACGUGUCUUUCCGUCCUAUGAGCUACAUGGCCUGGGAUGCAGUGGUGGAACAUACACUUGCUGAUAUGCUUUACCAUGUUGAGACUGAAGUAGAUGGAAGGAGAAGCCCUCCCUGGGAGCCUUAAUGGACCCCUUAUUUUUAGUGUUUUUUUUUUUUUUUUUGUUUUUUUUUAAACUUUCACUAUGAUGUAAUUUGUACCAUAAAGAGAGAAGAUUUGGAUUCUGGGAAAAGUCUUAUCACCUUUUCAACUAAAAAUUCAACUAUUUUGGCCAAAAAUCUGAAAAAUUCAGUAAGAAGCCCAAAAAAAAUCAAGCAAUUCAGGAAAAACUUUUUAAAAAAUUGUAUAAUUUGGGUUCUUGCUCGGUUUUAUUGAGUUUUCCCCCAAUCCGAAUUAAAGAUCGAAUUGUGGAUUCUACUGAGUUUUUAUCUUUUAAAUAUCAGAUAAAUUCGGAUUUUGAUAAAUAACCCCCUUAAUUUUGCCUUUUGAAAUCUCCAGUUGUUUAUGUCCCUUUGAUGUAAACAGCCCUCUUGGGGAAAUGAAGCCAGGCAUUGUAGGUGACAAGUGGAGGAUAUCUUGGAGAUGAUAGAUUAUGGGGCAAAUUUAUCCAGGGUCAAAUAGUAAAUUCGAUUUUUGACUGUCAAAAUUAACAUAUUCCAAAUUUAUUUCCCCUAUUCGAGCCAUUUGGAUAUGUUAAUUGCCUUCCUGACAUUCAAGUUUUUUUCGGGAGAACAAAUUUAAUUCGAGUAUAGUGCACCUCUUGACACUCGCUGCUUUGGCAAGUUCUAAUACAGUUUUAAAGGAGAACUAAAGUCUAACUAAAGAAUUAGCUA